UGUACUUAUUCCACCAUGAUUCGUGAAGAGCGAACGGCAGUGCAGUAGAGCGUCGACGGACGGAUAAAAACCUAUUUAAGCGCUCGAACAACGCAAAAUUUGACGGUGUUCCGCUCUUGCAGUGUCUGUUUCCGUCGCGUGUCUGCGUGUGCGUGCGGCUGUGUGUGUUCGUUUUUUGUUAUUUUUUUUACCAACGACAACACAACAAAAAUAGUAAAAUACACAAAAUUUCAGUGUUUAAAUGAUUUUGGUUUAUUGUUGGCGUCCUGAAUGAGAAAAUCGAGAAACGCCGUGGAAAACGUAUGAAAUGCUGAAAUAAAGCUUAAAAUCACAACUAAAAAAAUGGUUUAAUCAAUUUUGAACCUGAAAUCUCAACCAAUUGGAUCCAGUAAAAUAUAUGUAAAAAUUUACCGUGGUGACGAGAAAAAAUUGUGAAAACAAUGCAUUUAAUCAAAGUUAAGACUAAACUCGCGCUGAAAAUGCACGAAAUCGAAAGAAACUAGCAAAAAACCAAUCCAAAAAUCGCACAAAACAAAAAAGUUAAGCAAAAAAAAAAAAAAAAUAAGCCAGACAACAAAAGAGAGCCAGGAGCAGAAAAAGCAACAAAAACAACAGCAAAACGACGGCCCCAAAAUGUUGUACCAGCUAAGUAAAGCCACUACUAGAAUCCGACUCAAAAGGCAAAAAGCCGUUCCACAACAUUGCUGGCUCUGGAGUUUAGCAUUUCUGGCAGCAUUUACUCUAAAGGACGUUCGAUGUGCAGAUUUAGCCAUAAGCAUACCCAAUAAUCCCGGCCUGGAUGACGGGGCCUCAUAUCGACUGGACUACAGUCCGCCCUUCGGUUAUCCGGAGCCCAAUACGACAAUUGCCUCCCGGGAAAUCGGCGACGAGAUCCAAUUCUCACGUGCCCUCCCCGGCACCAAAUACAACUUCUGGCUGUACUACACGAACUUCACGCACCACGAUUGGCUCACCUGGACGGUGACGAUAACAACAGCACCUGAUCCUCCAUCGAACCUUUCGGUGCAGGUGCGGAGUGGCAAGAACGCCAUCAUCCUGUGGUCGCCGCCCACCCAAGGCAGCUACACGGCCUUCAAGAUCAAGGUGCUCGGAUUGUCGGAGGCCUCGAGCAGCUACAACCGCACCUUCCAGGUGAACGACAACACAUUCCAGCACAGCGUGAAGGAGCUGACCCCCGGAGCCACCUACCAGGUGCAGGCGUACACCAUCUACGACGGCAAGGAGUCGGUGGCCUACACCAGUCGCAACUUCACCACAAGUCGAAGGACGCGGCAUAAAGAAUUGCUGGACAUUAAGAUCCUGAGAGAGCCCAACACUCCGGGGAAAUUCAUCGUCUGGUUCCGUAAUGAGACGACCCUGCUGGUCCUUUGGCAGCCGCCGUAUCCUGCGGGGAUUUACACGCACUACAAGGUGUCCAUCGAGCCGCCGGAUGCGAACGACAGUGUGCUGUACGUGGAGAAGGAGGGCGAACCACCUGGUCCGGCACAGGCGGCCUUCAAGGGUUUGGUGCCCGGCAGGGCGUACAACAUAUCCGUGCAGACGAUGUCCGAGGAUGAGAUCUCCCUGCCAACGACGGCUCAAUAUCGUACGGUUCCAUUAAGGCCACUCAAUGUGACCUUUGACCGGGAUUUCAUCACGUCGAAUUCGUUCCGGGUUCUCUGGGAGGCUCCCAAGGGAGUCUCCGAGUUUGACAAGUACCAGGUUUCGGUGGCCACCACCAGGAGGCAAUCCACUGUGCCGAGGAGCAACGAACCGGUGGCCUUCUUCGAUUUCCGUGACAUCGCCGAACCGGGAAAGACGUUCAAUGUGAUCGUGAAGACCGUUUCCGGGAAGGUCACUUCGUGGCCGGCCACUGGGGAUGUGACCCUGCGACCUCUGCCCGUUCGCAAUUUGCGGAGCAUCAACGACGACAAGACCAACACGAUGGUCAUCACCUGGGAGGCAGAUCCCGCCAGCACCCAGGACGAGUACCGCAUUGUCUACCACGAACUGGAGACCUUCAACGGGGACACCAGCACUUUGACCACGGAUCGCACCCGCUUCACCCUGGAGAGCCUACUUCCCGGCAGGAACUACUCACUAUCCGUUCAGGCGGUCUCCAAGAAGAUGGAAUCGAAUGAGACCAGCAUCUUUGUGGUCACACGACCCUCGUCGCCGAUCAUCGAGGAUCUGAAGAGCAUCCGAAUGGGAUUGAACAUCAGCUGGAAGAGCGACGUGAACUCCAAGCAGGAACAGUACGAGGUUUUGUACUCACGCAACGGAACCAGCGAUCUGCGCACCCAGAAAACCAAGGAGUCGCGUCUGGUGAUCAAGAAUUUGCAGCCAGGAGCGGGCUAUGAACUCAAAGUGUUUGCAGUUAGCCACGACUUGAGGAGCGAACCGCAUGCCUAUUUCCAGGCAGUUUAUCCCAAUCCGCCACGCAACAUGACCAUUGAAACGGUGAGGAGUAAUUCCGUUUUGGUGCACUGGUCUCCGCCGGAAAGUGGGGAAUUCACGGAGUAUUCGAUUCGAUAUCGAACGGACAGUGAACAGCAGUGGGUGCGCCUGCCCAGCGUUCGAUCCACGGAGGCGGACAUCACCGACAUGACCAAGGGUGAGAAGUACACCAUCCAGGUGAACACGGUCAGUUUUGGUGUGGAGAGUCCGGUUCCCCAGGAGGUGAACACCACAGUGCCACCGAAUCCCGUGUCGAAUAUCAUCCAACUGGUGGACUCGAGGAACAUCACCCUGGAGUGGCCAAAGCCGGAGGGCAGAGUGGAGUCCUACAUCCUGAAAUGGUGGCCCAGCGACAAUCCCGCGAGGGUUCAGACCAAAAACGUAUCCGAGAACAAGUCCGCGGAUGAUUUAUCGACGGUGCGAGUUCUGAUCGGCGAACUGAUGCCAGGAGUGCAGUACAAGUUCGACAUCCAGACGACCUCGUAUGGCAUCCUUUCGGGGAUCACCAGCCUGUAUCCACGAACCAUGCCGCUCAUCCAGUCGGACGUGGUGGUGGCCAACGGGGAGAAGGAGGACGAGCGGGACACCAUCACACUGAGCUACACGCCCACUCCACAAUCCUCGUCCAAGUUCGACAUCUAUCGGUUCUCGCUGGGCGAUGCCGAAAUCCGGGACAAGGAGAAGCUGGCCAACGAUACGGAUCGCAAGGUGACCUUCACGGGUUUGGUGCCUGGCAGAUUGUACAACAUCACCGUUUGGACAGUGAGUGGUGGAGUGGCGAGUCUGCCAAUCCAACGACAGGAUCGUUUGUAUCCCGAGCCAAUAACUCAGUUGCAUGCCACAAAUAUCACGGAUACGGAGAUCUCACUUCGCUGGGAUUUGCCCAAAGGAGAGUACAAUGAUUUCGAUAUUGCAUACUUAACAGCGGAUAAUCUGUUGGCCCAGAACAUGACCACCAGGAAUGAGAUAACCAUCAGUGAUCUGCGACCCCAUAGGAACUACACCUUCACCGUGGUGGUUCGCUCGGGAACGGAGUCUUCGGUUUUAAGGAGCAGCUCUCCCUUGUCCGCUAGUUUUACCACCAAUGAAGCGGUUCCCGGGCGGGUGGAGCGAUUCCAUCCCACGGAUGUGCAGCCAAGUGAGAUCAACUUCGAGUGGUCGUUGCCUUCCAGUGAAGCGAAUGGAGUGAUUCGUCAGUUCUCAAUAGCCUAUACUAAUAUCAACAAUCUCACGGAUGCCGGAAUGCAGGAUUUCGACUCUGAAGAAUCCUUUGGCAUCAUCAAGAACUUGAAACCCGGGGAAACCUAUGUGUUCAAGAUUCAGGCAAAGACAGCGAUUGGUUUUGGACCGGAGAGGGAAUACCGACAAACGAUGCCCAUUUUGGCGCCACCACGUCCAGCCACUCAAGUCGUUCCCACGGAAGUGUAUCGCAGUUCGUCGACCAUCCAGAUUCGGUUCAGGAAGAACUACUUCUCGGAUCAGAACGGUCAGGUGCGCAUGUACACGAUCAUUGUGGCGGAGGAUGAUGCCAAGAAUGCCUCCGGAUUGGAGAUGCCCAGCUGGCUGGAUGUCCAGUCGUACAGCGUUUGGUUGCCCUACCAGGCCAUCGAUCCGUACUAUCCCUUCGAGAACCGAUCCGUGGAGGACUUCACCAUCGGCACCGAGAACUGCGACAACCACAAGAUCGGCUACUGCAACGGACCCCUGAAAUCGGGAACCACUUACCGGGUGAAAGUGAGGGCUUUCACCGGAGCCGACAAGUUCACGGACACCGCCUACAGUUUCCCCAUUCAGACGGAAAUGCUGAGCUCACCGGAUCAAGACAACACCUCGCUGAUCGUGGCCAUAACCGUUCCACUGACCAUCAUCCUGGUGCUCCUGGUCACUCUGUUGUUCUACAAACGACGACGCAACAAUUGCCGCAAGACGACAAAGGAUUCGCGGGCCAAUGACAACAUGUCCCUGCCAGAUAGCGUGAUCGAGCAGAAUCGACCGAUCCUGAUCAAGAACUUCGCCGAGCACUAUCGCCUGAUGUCCGCCGACUCGGACUUUCGAUUCAGCGAGGAGUUCGAGGAACUGAAGCACGUGGGUCGCGACCAACCGUGCACCUUUGCGGACUUGCCGUGCAAUCGACCCAAGAAUCGAUUCACCAACAUCCUGCCCUACGAUCACUCGCGAUUCAAACUCCAACCGGUGGACGAUGACGAGGGCAGUGACUACAUCAAUGCCAACUAUGUGCCAGGACACAAUUCGCCGAGGGAGUUCAUUGUGACCCAGGGACCCCUGCACUCCACUCGCGACGACUUCUGGCGGAUGUGCUGGGAAAGCAAUUCGAGGGCCAUUGUCAUGCUAACCAGGUGUUUCGAGAAGGGACGCGAGAAGUGCGAUCAAUAUUGGCCAAAUGACACCGUUCCCGUUUUCUACGGUGACAUCAAGGUGCAGAUCCUCAACGAUAGUCACUACGCCGAUUGGGUGAUGACCGAGUUUAUGUUGUGCAGGGGCAGCGAACAGCGCAUCCUGCGGCACUUCCACUUCACCACCUGGCCGGACUUUGGAGUGCCCAAUCCGCCGCAGACUCUCGUGAGAUUCGUGCGAGCCUUCAGGGAUCGCAUUGGAGCGGAGCAGCGACCCAUCGUGGUGCAUUGCAGUGCCGGAGUGGGAAGGUCGGGCACCUUCAUCACCUUGGACCGCAUCCUGCAGCAGAUCAACACGUCCGACUACGUGGACAUCUUCGGCAUCGUCUAUGCCAUGCGCAAGGAGCGCGUUUGGAUGGUGCAGACGGAGCAGCAGUACAUCUGCAUCCACCAGUGCCUGCUGGCGGUGCUCGAGGGCAAGGAGAACAUCGUGGGACCCGCUCGCGAAAUGCACGACAACGAGGGCUACGAAGAUGACGAGGGCAUCGCCGAGUCGGGCAUGUAGGCCCAUUGCAAUGUAAGCCAAUGUCCCCAUCCCGAAGUGAGCCCAACCAACCAGUCCGAAAGCAACUCAACUCAACCGAAUGGAACCCAACCCAACCAUCGUGUGGCAACUACAUUAUUAUUAUUUACUUAAGGGACGCCGUCAGAGGAGAGGAGAGGAGAGGGCGGAGGAUCAACGCUUGAUAUUAUAUAUGGAUAUAUGUGUAUGUGUACUACACUGGAUACUACUGGAUAUAUAUACUCUACACCGAUCUAUCGAAUGGGAAUGCAGCAAUCUCGCCAAACAGAACGAACACACACGCAUCAAUUUAUACAUUUUAUAUAUAUCUAAGAUAGAACGAGGGAUCGGCGAUUGUAACCGAAACAAAUUGUCGCCUGAAAUCGGCCGACACUGAAUACUGGAAUACUGAUUGUAUUUUUACGCUAGCCACAAUUUGAUAUAAACUAUAUAUCUUCCAAUUUUUUUGUACACCUAAUGUUAGUUGAAAUAUGGACGAGUAUGUGAGCGAGACGAGCAAAUUUUUGUAGCAAACUAAAAGCGCUAAAUGUUUACUUUUUUAUAUUAUUAUAUAUAUAAAUACUUGAUAAACAUAUACCUAAUAUUAGACCUAAACGAGAACUAACUAUAAAUCGCACACACUCAUACACUCACACAAACACAAUGCAAUAAUUGAGUUACAUAGUUUUAAACAAAUGUUAAAACAUUUAGCUGCAACCGUCGAAGAUGUAGUGUAAAAAUUUUUUAAUUUGACGUAUUCUUUUCUGUUCUGUUUCUGUGUUUGUUUAUUUUUUUUUUUUUUAAUUUUUACAAAGCGUAAACUGUGUAUCUAUGUGCUACAUUAAUUUUGUUUAAUUACAUCAAGUUUUAUUUAAAAAAAAAUCAAUGAUUCUUUGCAUUCUCCUCAUUUGAAUUUGGCGCUCACACUUAGCGAUUAUAAAGAUCCAAAACAGCGGGCGCUGGAAGUCAAUCCAAUCAAGAAGAAGGAAUGCUAAACACCGAUGUUAUAACACCACUAUAACACCACUAUAACACCACAAUAACACACACACAAAGAGAAAGCAGUUGUGUUUCCAUUUUCACUUACUUUUGGAGGGAAAAACGCAUUUAACAAAUUUCCAGACUAAAAGUUUAAGUUAUGAACUUUUAAAUAAAAAAGCAUGAUAGAUUUUUGUAAAUAUUUAUGUAACUUAGCGUUUUGUAAUUUUAUUUAAAACGUUUUUACGUUUCCCAACUUGAACUUCUUUCAUAAAUUAAUUAUUUAAAAUAUAGACGCAACUAAAUGCUUUCAAAAAUUGUAUAAGUAAAAAGUGUUACUUACCUUAUAUUCUUAUUUAUUUAAAUUUAUUUAUAAAUCUUUGAAGCAAAGUGAAUUCCGGAAAGAAAGUGAAUAUGGAAGCUCAGAUGGUAAACAGACAGCACAAAUAAAACAACAGGAACAAAUGACCAACGCAUUUCGUAAGGCGAUAAUCAUUUACACGAAAACCAAUAAGAAUAACAGAAUCCCACGCAAACUGUAGACUAACUAACAACAAAGUUAAGGGCUAAUUAACCGAGCCGGUGCCAAAGCAAAAAUAAAAAUAAAUAUGAAAACAAAAACACACCUACACACAACAACAACUAACUGUAACAAUAGCAAUAAACUUUAAAUGAAAAUUGUAGUCCAAAUAAUUUGCAUACAUUUGUAUUUUGUCCAAACUUAGUUGAAAUGAUUAACCGAACUGUGAAAGAGUGCAAUAGAAAUUGUUUUGCUUCUAGAUUAGUGAAAAUACAACGAAGCCCCUAAUUUGAAUAUAAACUAACCCGGAAGGUCCCCCAAUCCAAACAUAUAUAUGCAAAAGCUAGAGAAGAUGAAACUAGAAAGUCUGUAUAAUGCAUACAUAAUCCACGACUCCAUUAUACACGUACUAAGGCCGACGAAUAACAUAUGCAUAUACAAUAUAGACAUAUAUAAAAUAUAUAUCAUUGUAAUAAUUUGUAAUGUUUAUCAGUAGAAUUAUGAUCCGAGGUGGAGCAGACGAGUAAAGCGCAAGCAGAGAUCCAUUAAAGUGUACUGUAAAAUGUGA